AUGUGGAGAGUUGAACAAAUUAAAAAUGAACCCAAUUCAAGAUGUGCCCAUCAAUCAGAGACAAUAGAUGGUGAAUUAUAUGUAUUUGGUGGUUGGAAUGAUGAUAAUGAAAUGUUAAAUGAUUUAUUUAAAUUGAAUAUAGAAACAUGGGAAUGGGAAGAAGUUAAAGUUGAAAAUAAUUUCAUAACACCAAGAAAUGGUCAUUCAUUAAAUUCUUAUAAUGGUAAAUUAAUUGUAUUUGGUGGUGGUUCAUUUUCUGGUUUUUUAAAUGAUAUAUUCAUUUUUGAUCCAAAAACUGUUGAGUGGAAUUGUAUAAAUACUACAGGUGAUAUACCAUCUGGUAGAUCAAAACAUUCCUCAACAUUAUUAGGUGAUAAAUUAUAUAUAUUUGGUGGUGGUGAUGGUAUUAGAUUAUAUAAUGAUAUGUAUUGUUUAGAUUUAUUAAAGUAUGAAUGGAAAAAGAUAAAUCAAGAAAAUAAUAAUAGUAAUAAUAAUAAUAUCAAUAGUAAUAAUAAUAAAAAUGAUAAAAAUAAUGAAAAUAAUGAUAAUUUAAUACCGUCUGCAAGAUGGGGUCAUACAAUGGUAGAUUUUGGUGAUGGUAAACAUUUAAUAUUAUUUGCAGGUCACGCAGGUACAAAAAGGAUAAAUGAUCUCCAUUUAUUUAAUGUUGAAACCAAUGAAUGGAGACAUCAAACUUUAUUUUCGACUGAUAGUGAUGAUACACCAUUACCAAGGGCAGGUCAUUCUGCCAAUAUGAUUGGUCCACAUAUGAUUAUAUUUGGUGGUGGUGAUGGUCAUGUAAUUAAUGAUAUCUAUGGUUUAGAUACUCGAGUUUGGAAAUGGUGGAAAUUAAGAACUGUAAAUGCCCCAGAUGCACGUUGUGCUCAUUCUGCAACUGUAGUAAAAAAUAAACUUUUAAUAUUUGGUGGUGGUAAUGGUGUACAAUGUUUAAAAAAAUUAUUAAUUAUGGAUAAUUUAGAACAAUUAGAAUUAUUAUAUAAAAAUAGACAUUUAAUUAAAUCAAUACCAACUCAAAAUAUAAUUAAUAUACCAAUUGUAAAUAAUAAUAAUAAUAAUAAUAAUAAUAAUAAUAAUAAUAAUAAUAAUAAUUCAAAUAAUAAUAAUAAUAAUAAAAGAACAAAUAGAAAUUUAGAUCAUAUAAAAAAUUCAUUUUCUCAAAUUUCUGCAAACAUACAAUUAAAAUCAAAGAAUAUAGAAAAUAAUAAUCAUACAGUUUUACCACAAUUUCCAUCCUUUAAGAAUAAUGAAAAUAAUAAUAAUAAUAUAAAUAAUAUAAAUAAUAGGAAAGAAAGUGAUAAAUAUAGAGAUAGUUGUUUAACUGAAUCACAAAAAAAAGAUGUAAAAUAUUUUUUAAAUAGUAUUGGAAUGUCAAAAUAUGUAAAUAGAUUUAUAGAAGAGGAAAUUGAUUCAACAGUUUUUCAUUUAUUAACAGAGAAUCAUUUAAAAGAGAUUGGAAUAAAAUCAUUAGGUGAAAGAUUAUCAAUUAUAAAGGGAGUAAGAGAAUAUUCUUUAUCUUCAAUUUAA